AUGUCCAACGAACCCGAACCAUACCGCCAACAAACAGAAGAAAAAAAGAAGAAAACUUAUAAAAGCAAUGACGCUGACAGCAAGCUUUUUUUUUCUUCAACAGGUCGCCUUCAAGAAUACCAAGUCAUUGGGCGCAAGCUCCCGUCGGAAGCCGACCAGACCCCCAAGCUUUACCGCAUGCGCCUGUUCGCUCCCAACACUGUCGUCGCUAAGUCCCGUUUCUGGUACUUCCUUAAGAAGCUCAGGAAGGUUAAGAAGACCAACGGUGAGAUCGUGUCUUUGAACGAGAUCCACGAGAAGCGACCCAUGAAGGUUAAGAACUUCGGUAUCUGGAUCCGUUACGACUCUCGCAGCGGCACCCACAACAUGUACAAGGAGUACCGUGAGCUCUCCCGUACAGAUGCUGUCGAGGCCCUCUACCAGGACAUGGCUGCCAGGCACAGGGCUAGAUUCCGGUCGAUCCACAUCCUCAAGGUUGUCGAGAUCGAGAAGAACGCGGACGUCAAGCGCCCAUACACCAAGCAGCUCAUGACCAAGGGUCUCUCUUUCCCUCUGCCGCACCGUGUGCCGAAGAGCUCUGCACGCAAGGUGUUCAGCUCCAAGAGGCCCAGCACCUUCCACUAA